CUCAGCGCCCAGUUUUGGGUUAGGAGCCGGAGAGAAGCCGGCCGGCAGAGGUGGCAAUACAGAGCGAGCCCGGGGCUCUCGGGGGGCUGCCAGGGACCCUUGCUCAGCCCUGAUGGAGGACAGGAGCCGCCAGCUCCCGCGCUAUAAGAGCCAGGAAAGGCGCGGGGUGGGGCUGGCGUCAGCGGGGAAUGUCUCCCUGGAAGCAGAUUAGCUUCACAGGAAGCCUGUCGUGGACAGCCUGCCCAGCGAGAAAACUCCAAGGAGAAGCCGAGGACAAACAACAUCUUGAAGACAGUCCAUGGGGACUGUACCAGACCCUCUGAGAUCUGCCAAGCUUUCCCUGGUCUCAACUUCUGCAGAGGAGGAGCACCUGGGAGACCUGCAGCCUGCCAAGCACCAGCCCCAAGCCCCCAGUGCCGAGAGGGCCAGCAAUGGUUUCCCGUGCGUGCCGUCCGGCUCAGCUGGGGUUUGCUUCUUCGACCUGACCUGCACAGGUGCUGCCAGCACGCAGAGGUGUGAGCAGUGCCACACAGAUGAUGACAGCCAGCAGGAAGCCUUUUCUCCCAGGCUGGCCAGCACAGCUGCAGAGGGGCAUCCUGCAGAUGUAAAGCCUGCUGGUUGUUCCCAGCCAGCGGGCAUCCCGGCACCGGCAGUGCCAGCCCUUGCUGCCGCAGGAGCCCUCUUGGCGGGGCAAGGGCCAGAGAUGAUGCCAGCCCCCCAGAGCUCCCGGCAGUUUGUGCAAGGCAGCCAGGCCAAAACGAGCUCCCUGACACAGAUAGAUGACUCUGCCUUGAAACCUCAAGGAGCUGAUGAUCAGCCGGCGCUUGAAGUGUUAAAUUAUUCUUCCCCGAGUGAUCCUGUCGGGGUUAAUCAAUUCUGUCAUUCUUCUCAGGCCAACCUUCUGCAAAGAGGGGAAAAAGACAGGGAGGCAGAGAAAAAUGGUUCUGCUGUGUGUCAGUCAGCCUCAGCAGCAGGGCAAACCGAAGCUGACCUGGGGAGAGACUCUCAGAGCAGUCUGGAGGCAAAAGGUGGGACUGCAGACACGCCGCAGUCGCACCCCCCAGAUAAAACUGAAGCGAUGCAGAGCAGUGAGGCACCAGCCCAGUCUGGCCACGGGAGUCCCCAUCCUGUACACAACCUGGGCCCCAUGCCUGGGAGUCCAAACCCCACCCAGCUCUCCAAAUUCAGAGAAACAGGUACAAUGACAGCUCAGCCAGAGAGCAGCCCUCUUGCUCAGGAAGCUGUAAGCAGGACAUGGCGGGAUGCUGAGGUUCAGGCAGUGGCUACUGUGGAGAGCAAAUCAGCUUCCACCAGUCCCAGCAUCUUUGCUGCCUUCUUAAAAGAGAAUCCUCCUCCAGAGGAGAAGGAAGAACUGCACAUAAUUUACCAAGGAGGAAUGGGGCUGAGCCAGGCUGCAGUUGCUGACAGUUUAUCCUCACAACAAAAGUCUCCAUGUUCUCCUGUUAUCACAUCAAAAUCGACUGUUGUGCCUGUGACUGCUUCAGCCCAAACCCAGCCUGGGGUCCCAUCUGACGUGGCAUCUCCAGUAUCAGCAGAUAACACGAAACCUGUUGUCCCCUGCUCCCCUGCAGCUGUUACCUCUCAAGGAACAUCUGUGGGUAAUGCUGAAAUGAGCAGUGCAGCCCAUGAUGUCAAGGAUGCUGCUCAGCUGCCAAAGGAUGCUCCAGUCCCACCAAAGCCCAUCCCAGCUAAGCAGCUUGGAGUUGACUCCAGUAAUCAAACUCCACCACAGUCUGGGACUGGUGUUGGUGAGCCAAGCACCACUUCCACUGAUGCUGUCCCAGGAGCCCAGAACAAUGUGCAAGAUCUCAUCCCUCAUGCAGGAAGCAGCCGGUCACCUUUACUCUCUGGCAAGGACAGUGAAGCCAAGCAGAAGGAGGUCCUGGGCAGCUCUGAGCAAAAGCCUGUGCAAAGCAAGGGUGGGAGUCAAGGGCAGGCCAGUCCUAACCAAUCUGUGGUAAAACCAAAGGAAGAAAACUUGGUGGUGCUUGAUCCUAAAGGAGGGCUGAAUGUUGGCAGCCAGCCUGCUGCUGUCCGUGCAAAGGUGUGCCCACAGGAUGCAGUGAUUCCUGCUUCCUCCCAGGCUGUGCCAAACCUGGGGGAGAACAAAAAGCAUUCCACCCCAGCCAUGGAGGCCAAAGUACAGGUGAAGCAGUCCAAACACGUCAGGGAUGUUGUUUGGGAUGAGCAAGGAAUGACAUGGGAGGUUUAUGGUGCUUCCCUCGAUCCAGAAUCCCUGGGAAUUGCCAUCCAGAAUCACUUACAGAGACAAAUACGGGAACACGAGAAACUGAUCCGGGCCCAGAACAGUCAGACCCGGAAAUCCAUUUCCUCAGAUACAUCCUCAAAUAAAAAACUAAAAGGGAGGCAGCACAACGUGUUCCAGUCCAUGCUGCAGAAUUUUAGGCGUCCUAAUUGCUGCGUCCGACCUGCUCCCUCUUCUGUGUUAGACUGACAUGGUUUGCAGGGGUGCCUAAAUACCUGUGGUGGUGGAGAGAAUCCCUCCCCUCAAGUCCUGCUGUUUGGUUGUGUAAUUGGGGUUGUGAUGCAACAGUGGAAAAUGAUUUCCCUUUGUUUUCUGACUAACCACAUGCUCCAUCCUGCCAUUAUUAUUAUUGUCACAGCUGGUGUAUUUCCACGUUAUGCCCCAACCUUGACUGCUGUCAGAUGAAAAGUUAGGCACUUAGCAAAGCACAAAUUUCAAUUGCCACCCUGCUGCAGGGAGAGCAGCACCUUCUGAUAAAGCAGGAAGCAGAGGGAUUGUCAGAAUUAUGGGAAUUUAUUUAUGUGCAUUAUGAGGUCUUACUCAAAGGGGUGCACUGAGGGAAGCUGAGGGAGGUGGAAUUAAGGUUCAACAGCUGUAAAGACCUAACACAAGACAACUUUCCUGGUUUGUAAGUUACCUGUGCUGAGGCAGUCCAUGAACAGGGUAUGGACAUUGAUCACUGAGCAGCCUCACUUUGCUGAUACUGUGGGCUGCCGGUCUCAGUGAGCCCCAGGGAGCCCGGUCCUUCCCCUCCUGUUGAAAUGCAGAACCAGGCAAAGAAUGAGGAUCAAGACUGAAGGAUUCUCUCUUUGGGAGGAGCUAAGUCUGUGCGAUGUUGAUGGCCAGAAGGGGAGGUGAGAGAUGCUUUUUGUCCCCUGCAGUGGCCACUCUUGUGGUGUAAGCCAUGGAGAGCGCAUCGUAGAUGGACCUGCACCCAGCAGGAUGGUGCCCACCCUUUCUCUGCUACUCCUGCCAAGUCUUUAGAAAGCAGGGAGCUGUUCUGCCUCCUCAGGUGGGACGGGCAGCCCCUGCUCCCAGCCUCCUGUGGCGCUGAGCACCUCUGUUCUAAGGCACUCUUUAAAGAGAUGUGGAUCUUUCUUCUCUCUCCAGAGAUGCACAGUAAUGUUUUCCCAUAGCAGCAGGCUUUCCUGUGCAUUGGGGUCCAUGAGCCUCUAUGUCUAGUGUGUUACACUGAUGAUUUUUUUUUCCCCUUUUAAGUCCUUAGCCAACUCUACUGGGUUUUUUUCAGUAUUUUGGUGCUUUUCUUGCUGCCUUUCAUAACCCAAAUACCAUUUAUUUAGCCUAUGUGUUAUUUUAUUUUACCUAACACUCUAUAUUAUGAACCAUUAUACUGUUAACUUGAAAAAUUUGCAGCAGUACUGAAAUCUUGAGACAAUCUUUGCUGUAUUUCUGAACUUAGUUAUAGAAACUGCUAAUAAAAGGUAGCUUAGUGACUGUUUCUCCAGAAGUAUGAUAUACAAUAAUGUCUCAAAUAUAUGUUGGUCUCAUUUCUCAAUAAUAUUUUUCAACUUGGGAAAUGUGUUUCCCAGUAGCUUUGUAAUUUGUCCACUAGAGUUCAUUAUGGGAGGCUGGGGAACUCCUGCAGUUUGUGGAAAAUUUAGUUAUCAAUCCUGCAAAGCACUGAUGAUUUGGAUAUUGUAAUCCUGCAGAGUACUAGAGUUAAAUAGGAGAUACUUUUAGUCCAUUAAAGAUUUUUCAUGAAUCAUGAUGAUAAUUUAUUUCUGUCUCUAGUACCACACACCUGACUUACUCUGUAGAUCUUACUCUUACAAUUGACUCUAAAUCUUACAGGUUUACACCAUGUAAAUGAGUAUUAGUAUCUUUUUUUUUUUUUGUGAAGUGAACCUGAAGUGGUCCCCAGUUAUUUAGGAGGCCAGACUUCUUGAGUAUAUCAACUGCCAAACCUUCAUAGUAGCUGGUUGGGGGCAAUUUUUCCCCAGCAGAAAAGUGAAAUACUGUAAGAUACAACAUUUUAACUCAGUGCAAUGAAAAGUGUUGUCCCUAAGCAUAGUACUGGAUUGACUCCUAGUUUUCCUCAGAUAUAUAUAUACCAAGGGGCUUUAUGUCAUGUCCUAGUUUAAUUUCUGUAUGUUAUUUCAAGUCCUCUCCUACUUGUGGUGCUGGGUUUUUAAUUCUGAAACACCACAUUAGAGAGCGUCUUCCCACCUCUGCCUACCAGGAGGAAAGUCUCCAACCUUUUUUCUGUUAGUACUGCUGUUCCCACCCCUUCCUAGCAGUGUCUGAGAUGUGAGUUUCAUGUGAAAUUCUGUGUGGGAUUAAUAUUUGACAGUAUCAUUAGGUCAGGUUAGUCGACAAGUUCAGUGUCUCUUCCCACAUUGUGUCUGUGUCAGCCCUCACAAGGUUCCCCGAGUUGCCUGCAGUUCUUGCUGUGUCCUGUCCAGGUCCAAGGCCCUGUGCUGCUCCUUUUGCCUCCCUUCUGCCCCUUCCCUGCUAGCUGCUGCCCAGCCUGUCUUCCUGUGAAGCCGUGUCCCUUGGCUCAACUCGUCCCCCUCUGCGUUCCCCUUGCUGUAGCUGUGAGCCAGCUUAUUCUGAACUGUCCCUUUACAAAUAUGCUCAGUCUGAAUAUGCAAAUGGAUUGUCCUAUAUUUUUUUUUUCUUCCAGAGGAGAAUAAACAGCUAUCACUCAUUCACUGAUUUCCAUGAAUUUUAUCCUUUAGCGCCAGCUCUGCGAAAUAUUUCUAGGAUAUAGGUAUGAGUUGCUUUAUUGAGAGCAAACUAGGCUUGGCAAUGAAUGAGCAGGAUGCUGGGCCAGCACUGGACUUACUGCUUCUUUGCAAGGAAUGAGAGAUCUCCCCUGGUUCCUUGCAGCUUCUUUCAGCUGUGAAUCUUCAGUAGCUGGUCCACCCUCCCUUCCCCACACCAAAUGACCUUUCUUCUAGGAAAAUUUCACCAGUGCAUUCGUACUGCAAAGCUCCCAUGGACAAGUUCCUGAGUGGAUGCACCUGAACAGCUGCAUGGGCAUGACUGAAACAAAAUGUGCUCAGCCUGUCUUCUGGGCAAAUAUGUGUGUGAGUGCAAAGAUGCAAAUUGUCCAUGGCACUGUCUGGUGGUUGCAGAAGUCCUGCAGACAUGUGUUGGAAGCCAAGCAAUAAAGUGCCAAAAGCCAACACAUAAAAAUGAGUCGAUAAGCACCAGCACAUCUCAUGGAAAAUAUUUAAGUUUUGACUGUGCCUUGCUAGGGCAGACUGUAGGCAACCUGCUAGUUUGACACUGGUGAUUAGUGCUUUCUCCUGCAUACAAUGUCCAGGUGACAGUGUGAAUCCUCACUGACAACACAUCUUUCACCAACAGCAGAACAACCACGUUGGGGGUAGCAAUUAGCAAAUAUUAUGCAUUUGAGUGUGCUUAUGGCAGCCAAGAAAGGCUGUUCUUGGUGUCAUGUCAGUCUCAAAAAUGAAAAUGCACUUGGAGUAGUGAUAUGGCAGAGAGUGGGUGGAGAUGAUCCGUGUGCCACCACCCCAUUCUUUUUCUCUGCCCAAUGACUCAGAAUCACAUUGCAUUAGUUGGAUGGGCGACAACCAAGGAAAUCCAUUUGGCCUAAUAAAGAGAGGAUUCAGAACAGAAAAUCCUUUGUCAUUCCCAAGAGCAAAUAUAUAUUUUUAAAAAACCCCAAACCUGUGUUGCAACCUUGCCAGUUGAAAUAACUCUUAAAUUUUUAAUUUUUUUUGUUCCAAGAUGAGAGAUUUAGGGAAACAAGCUCUUUGUCAGGAAACCCUUCCCUGUCAGUUGCAUCUUCUAGAAAGGCCAAUGUAGCAAGAACCAUUAAUAAAAGCAGUGAAUAAGAAUGGAAGAUUUACUUCUAAUUUCAUUCAGGGGGCUUUCCACUAGAUGCCCCCUAGAUCCAAAGAUGAGAAUAAGCACGUUUCAGUGUUGCCAAUACAACACCUGAGCUGAAGGAACAUCUCAUUGCAGGCAAUUUGCAAUAUAGUCCUGGAUUUCAUGUGAGGCUGUGAUAGCCACCUGUGUGCACUUGGUUGGGAUCUGCCAGCUUUGUGUUGUUUGGGCACGAGUGCUGAAGUUCUGCCUCAUUUCUGCUGACUUGGUUUGGAAAAGAAUGGGGAAAGAGCUGAAGGGACCUGUAGGGCAAUAUCUAUCUUCUCCAUUUCAGGAGAAGAAAACAUUCUUUUGAAUACAGAAGAAACUGCUGAGAAACAUGGGGAGGGAAGGACUAAAACAGAAGUAAAAUAAAGUUGGUGUAGGUGCUUCACAAUGAAUUCCCAUUUCUAUGUCUGUUUUGCCCACUUGUUUUCUGACCUCAUGUAUUUUUCUAUUUGUUGGCAUCCCAUGUCUUUUAGGAAAAUGAAUAUUUCCAAAGGCUGUAUAUUUUGCUAGUAUUUACAGAUAUAUUCAAAUAGGAUUCAACAAAACCUCUAAGCAGUCCACCUGUUCGUUACUGCCAUUAAAACAUAAGAGCUUGUAAAAUGCACUGUUUGAAGAAGUAUAUUGAAGGGAUUCAAAAAAUGGAAUAUAUGCUCUGAAGAUAGCUUUUCUCUUAAGUUUCAUUACUGCGUUGAAGUGUUAAAGUUAGAGGUGGAAAUCCAAAUGACAAUCAGUGUUGAUGAGGAAUUCAAAUUGGCUGCCACUGGUUUUCAAUUUGGAAACUUCAUGGAAUGUACCAUACCAGUGUUUCAUUAGUUAGCUCAGUAUAUGCAAGGUUUGUAUGAAAGUACAAAUUUUAUUAACUUAUUAACUCCAUUAUCUUGUUUUGUGUCUGUCCUUCCACACCUUUUAAAAAUUAAUGCAAAAUGCUGCCACAACAGAGUAACUUUUGCACACAGCUUGUGGGAAUGGCUGCUCUGAAUGACAGACAACUGAUUGUCAGACUCCGUGGGCUUACAAAGUGAAGGGCUGUGGUUGUUUCCCUAACUCCCUGUUUCAGUAACCAAUCUCUGCUGAUUUAUUUUUUGGUGUCUCUGUGAUGCCUGUAUGAGUGGUCAGUAUUUUCAGGUGUCCCAAAGACAUGAAGGUAGAUCCUUAACCAAAUACUGCAUACUACGAAAUAUCUCUGGUGCCAUUGGAUGCUGUGGUGUGACCUGAAGGUCGGGUCCUGUAACUCAAACUGGUUUCAAUAUUCUUUUAGGGGCCUUCCCCUUGAGUCACUGUAGGUGUUUAAAAGGAAGACUGAAGUAUUACAGCUGAAUUGAGCCAAACUGAUUUUCUUUUUUUUUUAACGCUGAGAUAUAUUGUUUUUUCUGCUUUGUGUUUUCCUGAGUAGCUCUUCCUUCCUAGAGUUUAUAGUGUGGAUUUUGCAUCAAAUCCCAGCAAAGAAGAUUUUGCAAAGUGAAACCUACUUUCCAUCAUUCAGGCUUCUUUAAAGAAAAGUGACAUUAUUACUGAGCCAAAUCACACAGAGAGGAAAUAUGUUUUUCCUCUAGGAAAACUUCUGGUGUAGGUAAGCUUAUGUGUGUGUCCCUGUUUAAAAGGCAAGUACAUGUGUGCAGGUCUCAUGCAUCACUCAUGCUCUAAUAUGAUUUUUUUCCCUUUGCCCUUCUGAUUGAAUGCUGGAGGCUUGGCAUUUUCCACAACCUUGAGGCAAGUUUAAAUCCUUCUCCUUCUUGGGUCUCUAAAAAUCAGACUGGAAUCAUCUGAUCUCCUUAGGAACAGAAUCACAUCGACUAAUCUCCAUUUGAAAUGUGAGACCUUAGGUUUUUGUUAGCUUUCUGCUAGGACUGACACUCCUUGGAGUAGAAAUAAAUGACAAAUCUGCCUGCAAAGUCUCCAGCAGUUAUCUGCUGCAGAAUACGAGUAUCGCUCAGAUACUUCUCAGCAGCUUCUGCUGGAGGGUCUGCAUGACACUUCCCUUAGCUCAGUUCACAAUCAAUAGUUUUAAGUACAUCAGAAGCAAGUUUAGACACUGCCCUGAGGAAUUUCUAUAAAAUGGGAGAGAACUGUUUGUGUGUUUGUGGCACAUAAAAUCACUGAGUCUAAGUUGUGAAGUAAAGGUCUCAGUGACACUGGAGAGUACUGGGAGUUUCUGCCCAGAAUUAAAGGUAGGAAGUGUAUCUGAACUUUUAAUUUCAAAAACUGUGGCCAUGAGUCAGCCAGCAUCAGAAGAAAACCAACUUGGAGGCUUCUAACGACAACUAAUAUUAUUGUGGCUUUAUUAAUUUUAUAGUUACACUGAUUGAAUGUGAUGUACUGUACAAAAUAAAGCUAGUCUUAGGCUACCAGGUGUACCAUGGCAUUCAUUUGAGACAUACCAACAAAAGUUUGCAUGUGAAAAGUCUUAAAGUGAUACUAAAGCAAUGUUACCCACCUGACUGAGUCCCUUAGGAAUUUAAUGUUUUGCUGUUUCACAUCUGGUUUCCAUGCUGAGUACAAUAAAAUGAGCACUGUCUUAA